AUGGUAAAAGGUCCAGACAAAUUGUUUCCUCAGAAGCAGAUUUUGAAGGAGAAAGGCCAAAUGGAUUGCAUUUGGGGUAGUUGGAGUGCAUGUAGUGUUGAGUGUGGAAAUGGCACCAGAACUCGGCAGGUUACUCAAGCCCCCACAAUGAGUGGUCAGAUGUGUACAGGACCAUCGACUGAAACGUGCAUAGUCACAUCUUGUAUGGCUACCAAUCUAGCUGCUUCUCUUGCAGCAACGGUGACCAUUAGUUCAGUCUAUAGUUCUGACUUUGUUUCUGGAAAGGCUAUAGAUGGCAAUCCAAAAGAUGUUACUGGACAGACACUUGUUGGUACUGAUUGUGCUGGUUCAAAACAUUCUUUGAAUCCUUGGCUUCGAGUUGACUUGCAAAAGGAAUAUUUUGUUUCACGUGUUAGAGUUAUCACUAUAAGUGAUAGAGGUGAAAAUGUGGAUGUUCAUGUUGGUAACAACUUAACAAACAAUGGGAAUGAUAACCACGAUUGUGGAAAGGCUCCAUAUGACAGCUCUAAUAAUUUGAAUGCAAUAUGGCGAGAUGUUAGCUGCAGUCCACCAGUUUGGGGAAGAUACAUUAAUUUACAGAGAAUAGUGACAAAUGACGUUCUUCAUGUAUGUGAGGUGGCUUUCAACUAUGAGUUGGAGAUUGCUAUUCUAGACAAUAAUAUGAACAUUGAAGGAAGAAGUGUGGCAGUUGAUGAGAAUCAAGAUUACUCUAAUCCUAUUGAUUGUGGUGUCAGUCCUGAUGUGACCAACAUUAAUGCACGUUUGCAAUGGAAGCACAACAUGACUAUUGAUGUACCAUCUUCAAGUGCACAGAGUGUAUAUCAGGUGUAUGAGAAUGGUGUUCAGAAGCUCUACAUCAAGUCAGCUAGUGUCUCUUCCAAUGGUCUGUAUACAUGUCAAUAUACUGCAACUGAUGGCUCUAUAGUGUCAAAGUCAUUUACACUGAAUAUUCGUGUGGUACUAACUCCACCUCAGAAUUUGAGAAGUUCACGUGUGACAUCAAGUUCAAUUACUCUACAAUGGGACGAGCCUCUAAGCUUUAACGGUGCUUUUCAGUACUACACUGUUUACAACAGUAUUGGUGAUCCUUUGUACAGGAAGAGUCCCAACAUUAGGAGUCAUGACAACUUAUACACUUUGGCGGGCCUCAACCCAUAUACUGUUUACAAAAUAUAUGUGACAGUAACGAAUAACGCAAAGUCCAAUCUAGAAAGUUUCCCUAGUAACAGCAUUACAGUGCGCACACUGGCAAGAACACCAACUCCACCUCAGCAUGUGAGAAAUUCAAGUGUGACGUCAAAUUCAGUUACUAUUCAGUGGUAUUCUCCGUUGAACUCAAAUGACAUCCUCAGCUUUUACACAAUUUACUAUAGCACUGAUAGAUCACAAUAUGACACGUCUUCUGACAUUCCCAUUAGUCAAAAUACAUACACGUUGAUGAAUCUUAGUCCAUACACAACAUACUUCAUUUACAUGUCAGUUACAAACAAUGCCAGCUUAAACUCAGAAAGUUUGCCUAGCAAUGUUAUUCAAGUGCAAACUCUUUGGUCUUCUCCACUUAAACCAGAUAAACCAUUACCUGGUGACACAAGACCAUCAGCAACAACUGUAACAUUAGUGCCUCCAAGUGUUGACGAUUCCAAUGGUCCAAUAAAGUAUGUUGAUUUUAUUGUGCACGAGGAUGUGACUGGAUAUGAUGGUGAUGAGGUCGCUAAUAUGCCGCCUGUUAUCAAACCAUAUGACAAGAGUAGGAUCUGGUAUGUGGCAGCUCGAUAUGAAUAUGAUCAGUACAAGAAGAACAUAGCUGGACGUCAGUUUAUAAUUGGAAAUGGUUCAGUGGUGUCUGCUGGAGGUAUAGAGUACACAAAUGGACCACUACAACCAGGACAGUCAUAUCUGGUUUAUAUCCGCAUCAUUGGGAUUGGAAAUGAUGAGGUGCAGGAGUUCUCAUCAGUCAGUGAGGCUACAAGGUACGCAACUGCGUCAUCAUCUGGAGGAUCAUCAAAUUCUGUGUUGAUCAUCGCAGUUGCUGUUACACUAAGCGUCAUCAUUCUUGUGCUAAUCAUCAUACUUUUCAUUUUCCUGAGGAAGAAUUACAGGUGCACUAUCCAUAGAAAUGAGCCAAAAUUGGAGCCUGUGAAAUAUGAUAGCGUCAUUACCAAUCCUAAAGUAACAUCUGGAACAAGUGAAUGCUUGGAGGCAAGCAAUGUGAUCAUGACCGUUAAUAGCUUAUAUGCUACUACAGGUGCAGGCAGCAGUGAUAAAUCACGUGAAUAUGUAGAAGUUAGAGCUGUUGCAGUUGAUCAAGACAGGAAGAAUGAGGAACCAUUGUAUGAGAGUAUGGAUGGUGAAUCGGCACUUUGAUCUCCAUAAUUAAUAAAAAGAGAAAACAUUCUGAUAACGAUUUGUUGUGGCUUUUUAGCAUUUAUAAUGCAUUUCUUAGUGCUCGAUUGUGUCGUAUGUUGUAGCUAGUUUGUAUGAAGGGUUAGCUAGAAGUGAGAAGAAGAAUAAAUUUGUAUUGUUUGGGAUUAGGUGCUUGUGAGAAGAGAAUUAAAGCUGA